AUGCUGUUCGAAGCGCUCGUUCUCGUCAUUCCACCCGCACUACUAUACAGCUGGUACACUUCAGCGUCAACUAAUGCCUCAUCAGGCGAGGCUGAAGAACACGAGGUCAAAGUGGAAUCAGUAGUCUCUGAUGCGUUCGGAAUAUCUAUCCUGAACCAGAUUCGCGGGCUUAUUUGGAAUGACUCGAUCAUGCAAAAAGGAUACGAUCAACACAAGAAUGGAAUGUUCAGGAUGCCAUUCCUUGGACAGUGGCCCACCGUCGUCUCUGGAGAAUAUAUCAGGGAGCUUGCACGCGCUCCGGAUGACCAUCUCAACUUCCAGGCGACACUCAAUGACUUUAUGCAACUCGAAAUCCUCGUCGGCAAGAGCGUAUCCCAGGACAUGAUACAUCUACCCGUCAUACGCGCCCUUACACGCCAGUUACCAACCUUUUAUCCGGAGGUCGUAGACGAAACGCAAUAUGCAUUUACUACAUACUUUGAGAAACACGGCAAACUCCAAAAAGAUGGAUGGACCAGCGUCAAAGCAUUUGACACAUUUAUGGCUAUUAUAAAACAGCUCAACGCGCGCACGUUCAUCGGACUACCGCUAUGUAGAGAGGAGAAAUGGGAAAAGGCGAUUGACAAGGGUGGUGCAAACCUAACGUGGCGCGCUCUUUUUCUCCGAAUGUUUCCUGAAGACCGACGAGCAGGCGUCAACGAAUAUGUCAAGCGGUUCAGCCACGUUCUAGAAGACUGUAUCGAGCUGUUGACAUCCGUCCUUGAACAACGACGUGCUAUGAGAGAGGAGGAGAGACCGAAUGAUCUACUGACGCUAAUAAUGUCGCGAGUGACAGAUGAAGAGCCAGAUCCACGGACGAUUGUGGGGACGUACUUGGUACUCGACCAAGUUGCGCAGGCGACGACAUCGAUCACCUUUGUGCAUGCGCUGUACUACCUCGUUGCGUAUCCAGAGUACGCAGAUGUCCUGCGGGAAGAGAUUCAGGAAGUGAAUGGGGAUAGUACAAUCUCGUUCACUUCGUUGGGAGAAUUGCGAAAGCUCGAUAGCUUCUUACGCGAGACACAACGGUUGUCUGGGUUCUCCGACUUUUCGAUGAACCGCCUCGCGCUUCAAGAUUUUACCUUUUCCAACGGAGUCACUAUCCACAAAGGCGAAUUCGUCACCGCGGUUGGGAAUUCCGUCCACCAUGACCCGGAAGUGUACCAAGAUGCGAAGGAAUUCAAGCCUUGGCGGUCCUAUGACCAGACAAAUGCCGAGGGUCUGGGAAAGGACUCGAAGAAGUAUGCAGCGGUCACACCAUCGGAGACCUUCCUCGCGUGGGGACUGGGUAAACAUGCGUGCCCAGGACGAUGGUACGCAUCGAUGCUGGUCAAGCAUCUCGUAGUGUACAUUCUUCUCCAGUACGAUAUCAAGCUACCAGACUCGGCAAAAGGAAAGAGACCGGCUGACCUUAGAAUGGUGGGAACCAUAUUACCAAACACGCGUGCCUCGGUGCUGUUCAAGCGGCGUCAGGGGAUAGAUUGGGACUAA